AUGUCCGACACUCCCAGCGCAAAGCGUCAAAAGUCCUCCAAGGACGUGUCCUACCAGCUCAUCUACUGGCCAGGCAUCCCCGGCCGCGGCGAGCACGUCCGUCUCCUCCUAGAGGAAGCCGGCGCCGAGUACACCGACACCGCGCAGACCGAGGACGGCGUCAAGACCGUCCUCGCCCAGAUCGACAACAAGAACCUGGGCGACGAGCACAACCCGCCUCCUUUGGCCCCUCCAAUCCUGAAGCACGGAGACCUCGUCAUCAGCCAGACGCCCAAUAUCCUGCUCUACUUGGGGCCACGCCUCGGUCUAGCUCCCAAGAUCUCAGAGGAUGACGACGGCAUCUACACCGUCAACGGCCUCGCGCUGACGGCUCUGGAUGGGCUUAGCAACGAGGCUCACGACACGCACCACCCCAUCGCGACGGGGCUGUACUAUGAGGAUCAGAAGGAGGAGAGUAAGCUUAAGGCAAAGGAUUACAUUGCCAACCGGCUGCCCAAGUUCUUUGGCUAUUUUGAGCGGGUGCUCAAGAGCAAGGCCAGCGGCGAGGGCCCUUGGCUUUAUGGAGAUUCUCUCACAUACGCUGACUUGGUUCUUUUCCAGUGCGUCGACGGUCUUAAAUUUGCAUUUCCCAAUGCCCUGAAACGAAUCGAAGGAACGGGCGACUACAAAGGUCUUUUCGAGCUUUACGAUGCUGUCAAGGAGCGGCCCAAGAUCAAGGCGUAUCUUGCCAGCGACCGUAGACAAAAGUACUCUCAGGGAAUCUACCGCCACUACCCUGAACUGGAUGAAGAGUGA